AUGACCGACGAAACUGCCACCAGAGCCCCAGAAAGUGAUGCUAUGGAGGAAUCAAAAGAGGUUCCUCAAGUCGAACCAAGCCCAUUUCCAGGAGAUACUCCAGCGCAAAGCGGUGCAAGUUUGGGUGAGCAUUGUGUGAAGGAUAGACCAACACCUUCCGGUCAUGGUUCAUCUGGAGAAAUUACACAACUUGGAGGAAUCGAUGUUUAUAUUUCAAAGCCAAGCGAAUAUCCUCAUGCGCCAUCGAAACUCUUACUACUCCUCACUGGUGCGACAGGCAUGCAUUCAGUAAAUAAUCAAAUUCAGGCCGAUAAAUUCGCUGGCGAAGGCUUCCUUGUUAUCAUGCCCGAUAUGUUCCACAACGACCCAUUACCUGGAUCCGUGACGUAUGUAGAAGAAAAGGAUCCUUCUUUGAUUGAAAAAUUGAAGCUCCAUGCCGCAGAGGCAGCAAAAAGUUUUCUAGCAGAUAUGUGGCUCGCAAGACAGACACCGGAAAAAAUCCUACCGAUUAUCCAUAAAGUUAUAGAGGCUGCAAAGGACGAAUUCGCAGAUGCUGUAGCUAAUGGGGGAGGAAUAUAUUCCGUUGGUUACUGUUUAGGUGGAAAAAUGACUCUAUUACUAGCAGGCGAAAAAUCAGAUGGUGUUCAUUGGGGCCAACAUCAUGCAAAGGACGAGGAAGCGGCCGUUGAAAAGAAAGGUCCAUACAUCAAAGUUGGUGCAAUCGCUCACGCAACGUUAGUUGGAAAGGAAGAUUGGGAGGGAACUAAAGUUCCAUUAUCAUUUGUUUGUGUUGAUGACGACCAGCUGUUCUCUCGUGAAGUUCAAGAGGCCGGCAAGACAUACUUGAAUGAGAACAACAUCGAACAUGAAUUCAAGACGUACUCUGGCGUACCUCACGGAUUUGCGAUAGUAGGUGAUUACGAGCAAUUAAACAUCAAGCAGGCACAAGCUGAGGCAUAUGACCAAAUCUUGGCAUGGUUGAAAGCUCAUUAA